ACCCCGAAGUAGCAAAAACCACACUAUUUAUAAAAUUCACCAAAGGCUGUGCGUGGAAAACGAAGGGCUAGAAAAUUCUCACGUCAUGAUCCUAGAUUAUACGAUGUCCGUACUAUAUGCAUACUUGUACUACGGAGUACUUACUCCGUACAGAGUACUGUACAUAGCAAUACUAGCAGCCCUUGCUGGAGUACAUUCUGAGAAUGUGCGAAUGAGCAUGUACAUACUUCAUGAUCCUUGUUGUACAGAGUACAGUACAUACAUGCUACGAAUAGCAGGCAAAUAAUCUUUCAAUACCUUCUCUCUGUACAGAACACCACUAGUAGUUUGCUGCAUGCAAUUUUGCCCAUCACUUGGAUAUAUACCAUGUAC